AAUACGUCACUACCGUGAGGAUCAACGAGCUCAGGUAACUCCCAAACGCAUUAGCCAACAGACCCAGUGCACAACACAGACUCCUCAUCGACUCUGGUGACUGACCAUAGAAAAACUCUAGCUGUCCAACACAAUAGAAAACCUCAGCUCCACCGAGUAUGAAAAUCUGCGGAACCUGCCAAAACACGGUUAAAGAAACAGCUGUUCCUGUCUCCAGCACCGCCUCAAGCCGUGCCUUCUCAACGACUUGUACAACAGGUACGUCAACCCUAUCUGUCACUACUGUCCAAUAUCACAUCAGUUGCUUGUACAACAGGAGAAACGCUGAUUAUUUACAAAAAGGACCCUUUUUAUUAUUUCAACUUCCUUUGUCUUUAAAACAUUGGAAAAUCUAGGGUUUUGUUUGCUUUAGAGCUUCCUCUUGUUUGUUGUGUUGUUGCCCACAAUGGAUAUGGAUGUCUUCAACGACUUGUACACGGACAGUAGUGACGCAUGACCGAAACGACAAGACCUAUUCCCAUUCCUUGAAGCACGGUGAACCCAUUGUCGGUUCUUGUAGUGAGUUUCGCGAGAGGAACGUUGAAACGGUCGUAGAGCGGAACCCAAACGAGGACGGUGAUGCAGUCGAAGACCCCGAGGGUUGCUGGGGGGAUCUUGAAAGAGCCGAUGUUGCAGUUCAUGGCUCUUCAUUGUUGGACAAACAUUGUGGAUACUUGAGCGUGGAGAGAUGAGAAGACGAUACCCGACGCCCAUAUUGGGAGCAUCCGUAUCAGAAUCUUGAGUUCUUCGACCUGCGUAAUGUUUACGUUUUUUGCAAUGCUAAAUUCUUUUUUUUUUUCCUUGUAAUUGAUCAUGUGAUCGUCCCAGUUUGCUGAGUUUCUUGCGGGGGUUGCUAGAGAAGAAGGAUAAAUUAAUAGUGCGAGCCUUUACCAGUAAUAUAUUAAGGCAAGGCUCGUUUUUUUAUUACCUCUUUUAAAAUCUGCAUAUCUUUAUUUAUGUCUUUAGUGACUAAGUUAUGUGUUGCAGUUGGAUCAACAAUAUGGUUACGGAGUCUUCGGAGGAGGUUAUUCCUCUGUUACUAUCAUUGUGUAAGAAGCAGCAAACUAGUCACGACAAGGUGGAUAUCGUAUAUGGAUCAUCUGAGAGUAUUCAGGAGUUCGUGGAAGAUAAGAUUAAGAAGAUUCAAACGAAAAUAGAGAAUACUGGAUUAGCUCAACUUGAUGAGGCUGAGUUGGCUGCUGUUUGGGGAGCUGUCAAUUGUUGUCCCUAUUUCAAAGUGGAUUCAUCAUUACUGAUUCGCUUCAAGAAUACUCUCAGACAGCAUUUGGCAGCCUCAGAUGUCAGCGGUUCUAGUGCUCAGGAACUAAUGUGGCAGAGCUUACUGGGUUCUGCCCUGAGGUCAUGUCUCAAAAUCCGUUCUACUGGAAGCCUCAUCCACAGACCACAGUGAUGUAGAGGAAGCUUUGACUCUUGCUAAAUGUUACAAGUCAUGUGUACAAGUGCUGUCUCCCGUGGCCGACUAUUUGGAUUUUGUGUAUAGACCUCUGUUAACCAACGUUGAUAACUCUUAGCCAUGUCCAGAACUCCAAGCAAACAAUGCUGAAGAUGCCUUUGACAUAUUUUCUGAAAAUUUACGUCACCCGAACAAAGACGUCCGUCUUAUGACUCUAAGGAUCUUGUGCCAUUUUGAACCUUUGUCUCCUGACCCUUGUGUUGAAGAACAUCCUCCUCCAAUGAAGAAGCUGAAAACUGAAGUGGUCCAGAAGUCUCCCUCUGAAAAGAAUGAUGUCACUACGAAUGUGAGUGACAUCUUUAGUUGUGUAUUCCAAAAGCCUUACCAAAUCCUGAUUGAUUUACUAACAGUAGUAUCUAUCUAUCAUCACCAGGUUCUUCAGAUACUGAAAACAGUUGGAGAGUCUCGUCCCACAUUACGGAGUAAGAAGGAUUUGGACGCAGUACGGCAUCUCCCUGAUGGAAGGAUACAUGAUGCAUAUCUGCCGCUUGUAUUCAAUGGAAUGAUAGGGUUGUUUCAUACAAAUAAUGGAUCUACUGAAAUUUGGGAAUCAGCAUCUAAGUGCCUUGCGGAUCUUAUGAUGAAGCACACAAGCGCGUUGUGGAAUGGUUUUGUUCAUUAUUUGGGCCAGUGCCAACUAAAAAUUGAAGCACUCCACAUUCAUAGCGGGAAUGGAAACUGCAACGUUUCAUAGAAGCAUACUGGUCUGAUGGAGAGUUUCAAUGCAUUCAUCUCCCCGUUUAAUGGUACGCCUACUGCAGAUGUAGUAUCUCUGUUGCUAAAGACCUUACAGAAAGUUCCCAGUGUUUGCUCAGUCUCAUGCCUCUGAUGUUCUCCCUCUGCUAUUGGAAUUUAUGGGGUACAACAGCGAAAAUCCUUUGAGGUAAUCAUAUGUCUCUAUGUUUUUUUUGUUCUUGAAGAGUAAUUUGAUUCAUCUGUUGUCAUCAUCAAGUGUUUUUAAAAACGUUGCAGUGUCGGACUAUAUUACAGCGAAGCUUGUAAAGGAGAGGAGUGGAAGAGGUUGCUUAAACAGUGGUUGGCUUUGCUGAAGCUGAUGAUGAAUACAAGGUCGUCACGUUUUAGUCAAUUUGUAAAUGACGUUUUGCAGUACAGGUUGACACCAAAUGUUCUUUUGAAUAUCUUGGAGUAAGGAAAUUUUCAUUGACGUCUCUCUGCAUUUUGGAUAUGUUUUACUAGGUUCUUGGAUGAUAAUGAUGCUGAAAUACAAAUGAGUGUCCUAGAGUUUCUUGUGCUGUCGAAUGACUAUUUACUCCCACACCGCCAUCGGUUGGAGAAUCUGAUCAAGCCUAAAGGACUGAGAGAAGAGCUCACGACCUGGAACUUCUCCAAGGACAUUGAGGAAGCUCACAGAUCUCACUUUGUUUCUCUUGUAGUUAGAAUCCUUAUGCCAAAAGUUGGGAGUUUAAAGAAUUCAGCGUCGCGUGAGCGUACAAGUAUCUUUAACAGGAAGGCAGUUCUUGGCGUUAUAUCUCAGCUGGAUGUUAAUGAACUUUCCCUCUUCUUUGCAUUGUUGAUGAAGCCUUUGAACAUCAUAUCAGAUGAAGCAACGGACUUGUUUUGGAGCUCCGGCAAAAGCUCUCUGGAUUAUUUCCAAAAGUCCAAGUUCUCGAAAUAUAUCAACGUAGAUGCUCUUUCUACCUUGUCCUGGAAGAUGAAAUCUGGUUUUCUUCAUGUCAUCCAAGACAUACAUAAAAUCUUUGAUAUUGUAUUCCAUGUUCGACCAUUUCUUGACUUUCUCAUGGGAUGUGUUGUCCGGCUAUUAGUAAACAACGCUCCAAAUAUAGAUGAAGAAAGUACAUUGAUAAAGAGAUUGUCUCAACAAAUCACGACCAGGCUGGCACUUCUCUAAAGCAGUUUAAAGAGUUGAGAUCCUUAUGUCUGAAGAUUAUUGCUCGUGUUCUUAAAAAGUACGAGGAUUGUGAACUCGGCUCUGAAUUCUGGGACCUAUUCUUUUCAGCGGUGAAUCCGUUGAUCAAGAGUUUUAAGCAGGAGGGUUCCAGCAGUGAGAAACCAAGCUCAUUGUUCACAUGCUUCUUGUCAAUGAGCAAAAGCCCCAAUCUCGUCACCUUCUUAUGUCGGGAAGAGUCUCUUGUUCCAGACAUUUUCUCAAUUCCAACAGUCACCACAGCUUCAGAAGCUAUAAAAUCCUCUGCCUUGAGUUUCAUAAAGAGUCUGCUCAGCCUUGAGAAGGACAUGGAGGACGAUGACCAUAAGAACAAAGGAUUCUUAAAUCCAUACAUAGACGCAUUGAUUAACAACUUACAUUCUCUUUUUUGUGGAAAUAUUUUGAGAAGGUAUGGGUUUCUUCUAAAUCAACAGACUUAGUUACAUUUCAUCUUUGUUUCUACUUCUAAAGAAAAA